AUGAAUUCUAUUCGUAUUACUCAUCGACUUCUAUCAAUUGGAAAGACAACUGGCAUUAUCUUUAAAUCAAAUAAUAUACUUACUCGCUGGUUUCAUCCUUCACUCAUAUCACUCAAUGGUAAUAAUAUAUCAGAAAAAACUAAUAUAAAUAAAGAAAUAUCAGAAUUACUGAAAAAAACUUCGAUAUCUCCAAUCAUUCAUUCUAAUACAUCCAUUAGUAAACGUCACGAAAUUUGGAAACGAAUCGUUCAUGAAUUAAAACAUUAUUAUAAUGGUUCGAAAUUAUUAUGUACUGAAACAAAAAUUACUUUUGGUUUGUUGCAACAAGUAUUAAAUGGACAUAGAUUAACACGAAGAGAACGAAAACAGUUAACUCGAACAAUUAAUGAUCUAUUUCGAGUGGUUCCAUUUUCUGUAUUUAUUAUUGUUCCAUUUAUGGAAUUUACCUUACCAAUAUUUUUAAAACUGUUUCCAAAUAUGUUACCAAGUACAUUCAAACAAAUUAAUAAUAAUGAAGAAAAUUUAAAGAAAUUUUUCCAAAUUAAACUUGAAGCAACUCAAUUUUUACAAGAUACAAUAUUUAAAUCACAAGAUAUAUCUUUUAACGAUAUGAUAACGAUACAAUUCGAUGAAUUUCUUCAAAAAAUUCAUACAAGCGAUAAUUAUCCAACAAUCAAUGAAAUCAUAGAAUUUUCUUCAAGAUUUUCACAUAAAUUAACAAUAGAUAAUCUAGAUCGUUCACAAUUAAUUGCGUUAUGUAAACUUUUUAAUUUAUCAUUCAAUGGUCCUAAGCAUUAUCUUCGUUACAAACUUCAUCUUAAAUUAUAUCGUUUAAAAAAUGAUGAUAAAUUAAUUCUUAACGAAGGUAUUACAAAUCUUAAUAUCGAAGAAUUACAAGCAGCAUGUCAUGAACGUGGUAUAAACUCAUUCGAUAUUAAUAAUAAAUCUUUACAAUCACAAUUACAACAGUGGCUUGAUCUUCAUUCAGAUAAAUCUAUAUCACCAAUAACUAUUCUACUGAUAUUACAUAAAAUAAAAACGAAAGAUACUACUGUUUUUCAACCAAUACAUGUUAAUAAUGAUAUGAAAGAAUGUCAAGUAUUCUCGCAAAUUCAAUCGACUAAAAUUCAUACAAAACAUUUUACUUAUCUUCAACAAAUUUCUCAAACAUCUAGUCAAAGACAAGAAAUACAUUAA